UCAAGGCCUCCAUCUCCGCUACGUCAAAGCUCUCUGACUUGAGUCGUCGUCGUCGUCGUGUUGUCACAGCGUGCUGAAGCGCUUUAUUUCCCCUUCACAACAAGAUCGACUGCUGUCUUCUCCAAUAAGAACGCGUUCAUGAGCAUUAAACCUUGCAGUUUUAGGGUACAGAAAAAGAAGGGUUUUUUUUUAGAAUGAGAGUGGCCGAUGGGGGUUCUGAAUGCUUAGGAGGCACAUAAUCCAUACACACACGUUUUUUUAAAGCAUUGUACAAGCAAGACUGGGAUAACACCGAUUUCUUCACCAAAGAGCUGCUCCUGCCUGCUUGAGCUGAACAAAGAUAAUUACUCAGGAAAUGUUUCAGCCAAUCCGCUGCCGCUUUACAUCCCGGUAGUGAAAAGAGGCCAUUCAGGGUCUAGCUUCUAUCUGGCAGUCUGAUCAUCAAGCUGAAGUGCCAAGCCCUUUCUGUCUAAGAACUGAGACUGUCCUCCAUGUUUUAUAAGUAUUGACAUAACACUGUGUUAGCCAUGCAUCCACAGAGUUUGGCUGAAGAAGAAAUAAAAACAGAGCCGGAUGUGGUAGAGGGGAUGGACAUCGCAACACGAUCUAAAGUUUCAGAUCCUGGGUCUGCAGAGCGAGCAGCACAGAAACGAAAGCUUCCCAGUCCGCCACAUUCUUCCAAUGGUCAUUCCCCUACUGACACAUCACCAAGCCCAAUUAAAAAGAAAAAGAAACCUGGCUUAGUGAAUAGUAACAACAAGGAACAGUCAGAACUAAGACAUGGUCCCUUUUACUAUAUGAAGCAGCCACUCACCACAGACCCUGUUGAUGUUGUACCACAGGAUGGACGGAAUGACUUCUAUUGCUGGGUGUGCCACCGAGAGGGCCAGGUCCUCUGCUGUGAGCUUUGCCCAAGGGUCUACCAUGCAAAGUGUCUGAAACUGACAGCGGAGCCCGAGGGGGACUGGUUCUGUCCAGAAUGUGAGAAAAUAACAGUGGCAGAAUGCAUAGAAACUCAAAGCAAAGCAAUGACAAUGCUAACAAUAGACCAGCUGUCUUAUCUGCUAAAGUUUGCACUUCAGAAAAUGAAACAACCUGGGGAUCAGCCACGCUCGAAUCUUUCACCACAUGCUGCAGCCCACCAGAGAAAACCUAUUAAUUGGACAGAGCCAUUUCAGAAGCCUGUAUCUCUAGAACAACAUCCAGAUUACGCUGAAUAUAUAUUUCAUCCGAUGGACCUCUGCACAUUAGAAAAGGUAGUUGGUUAUGAAACUAACAGUUUCUCACCGGUCUUAUAA